UAUAAGACUCGCUCACUUUGAUUGACUCCUGACAUAUCCAAGUAACUAUCCCGCGAGCAUAUAUGGUGACAUUGCGACCUAGUCUUGUUUACUCCUGCUUAUUUACACCUAUUUGAGAUGCCUUCAGCCAUUGAAGACCCAAAGCCAACCGGUGGCUUCACAGUCGACAGUUUUGAUGCGAGCACUGCUUCGGCUGACAAGAUCGUGCGAUCAAUUGCUAGAAAUGGCGGCUGCUUCCUUCGUGGACUGGUGGACCGCAAGAGCCUCGAUACGAUGGUAAAGGAGGUAAAGCCGUAUCUCGAAGCCGAUGUGCCCUGGGAAGGCGAUUUCUUCCCCCCAGAGACGCGCCGAGUCAAUGGACUACCAUCGAAAUCACCCUCGUAUACAGAAAAGGUGCUCGGACAUCCCCUCUUCGUUGAGACCAGCAAUCAGUUCCUGACCACAAGAACGAGCACUUGGAUUGGAGACAAAGAGGAGCAUCACGUCUCGCUGCCACAGCUAAACUCGACCACGGUUCUUGCCAUUGGGCCAGGUGCGCGAGCCCAAAGCCUCCACCGCGACGACUCCCUGCAUCACACGAAGCUUCCAAAGAUCACCGCUGAUCAAUACACGAUGGAUCGCGACACCGCGCUGGGCAUCUUUCUCGCUGCAACCGAAACCACCGUCGCUAACGGAGCAACACGGUUCAUUCCCGGCUCGCAUCUGGAUAACUCGUCCGAAGGGCCAGGAGACGAGAGCAAAACUGUCUACGCGGUGAUGGAGCCCGGUGAUGCAUUUCUGAUGCUCGCAAGCUGCUUUCAUGGAGGCUCGGCCAACACGACCGAUCAAACGCGAAUGCUGUUCGGCUCAUUCAUGUGUCGUGGGUAUCUCCGCCAGGAGGAGAACCAGUUCCUAGCGAAUCCGAUCGAGGAAGUGAAGAAGAUGCCGGAAAAUAUUCAAAGGAUGAUCGGAUACUCCGUGUCGAGUCCUUAUUGCGGAUGGGUAGACCUAAAGGACCCAAUCGGCCUGGUAAGGGACGUCAAAGUUGGGUACGCUGACCUCUAGGGCAAAGAACAUGCCAUAUCGCUGAAGAGUUGCUGGUGAUAAGACU